AAAAAGCUAAUGCCAUUUCCCUACAAUUUCUCUUUCUAUAACUCUUCCCAAACAAUAUAAACAACCACAUUAGAUGCAGACAGCUACUAACCAAAAAUAAACACACACAAUAGAAGAAACAAAAACAAAGAAAACUCCAUGGACAUCACAAGAAACAGCAUCACCAAGCUCCAUCUUCAAACACAGUCUCUAUUUCCUCCUAAUAUGGAGAGAACUUUAGAUGUUGAGCCAAGAAUGAGCACAAACCCAUUUGCAGAAGAUUUCAUCAAAUCACUGCCAAUUUCAUCAAACCAAAGCAGUAACAGCAGCAGCAGUGAGAUGGUAAACGAAAGAAGACAGAGUUUCUCAACACAAAAGAGCAUUGGAGAAGGAAGAAGCAGUGGACAGAGAAAAGUGAUGUUAAUGGAGUCUCCUUGCACUCCAGGCAGAGGAGUUUUCAGCUUCAGUAGCAGCCUCUCUGGUAGAAGAAGAAACUUCCCUUCUAAAUGGGAUGAUGCCGAGAAAUGGGUCACCUCCAGUCAUGAAUCUCCUGCACAUUCACUCAAGAGCCAUCACAUCCUUAAAGAUAAGUUAGCAAACGAAGUGCUAUCAACGGAAGGGUUUAUAUUCAGAGAUCUCGAGGAAGAAGAAGAAGCUCAAGUCCAACACAGAGACAUGGGAACAGAGAUGACACCGGUCGGAAGCGUAACGACUUCAAGAUGUCACACGCCCUUCGAAAGCACGUCUCCAGCGAGACACAACACGCCUUCGAACAUGUCCGGUCCGUUGACAGAAACCAAAAACGUUAUAGACAUCUCCGAGUUCGCCAACAAGUUACGACUCAGCGGGUCAGCAGCGACUCAGUAUUAUAACUCAGUGACGAGUCACUGGAACUCGAGGGAAGAGGAGGAAGAAGAGAUAUCCAAGAGCUUAAGACAUUCCGACAUGGAAAGCGAGUUACGGAGAAGUGUUUCAGUAGCUGUAUGGGAUGAUGAAGACGACAAGAUCAAGUUUUGUCAAAGAUAUCAAAGAGAAGAAGCCAAGAUCAAAGCAUGGGUGAAUCUCCAAGAUGCUAAAGCCGAAGCUCAGUCCAGGAAACUCGAGGUGAAAAUACAAAAGAUGAGAUCAAAUUUUGAGGAGAAAAUGAUGAAGAGAAUGGAUACGGUGCACCGGAGAGCAGAAGAGUGGAGAGCUACGGCGAGGCAACAACAUGCUGAGCAGUUGAAGAGAGCCGCUGAGACGGCGAGGAAGUUGAGUAACCGCCGUGGCUAUUUGGUUGCCGGCCGUAGCUCGUGUGGUUGUCUUCCCUGUAAUAAUAGUGGUUCUUGUCACUAACUGCUUUAUGUGUUUGGAUUAAUCAAUAUUUUUA